CAGGCUGCAAGACUUGUUCUCACAGUCCUCAUGACCAUAAUAAGACAUAUGAUUUUAAGGUUACUUUAAGACAAGUGCCCAAUUGUCAUAGUUAUCAUUUCACAAAAUAUCUCAAGGGAUGAGAACGGAAUGUUACAAACUAUGAUUCCGAAUCAUUAGCCUACAAGUUUGAUGACAGUUAAUGCUGCAAAUAAAAGUUUAUACUAUAGCCAUUAAUCCCCAACAUAGCCUUCUAUGUAAAAACACUGGGCCAAUGCCAGCUUUGUGGUCUUCUGCAGUGUAUUGAUAACAAGAUAGAUGAUGGACUGUGAGUUGCCAUCCAAAAGUAGAGUUGCAAAAUCCAACCAGCAGGCUAUCAUCAGUCACCUGAUUUGAAGUGUUACAGCACACAUUUAAGACCGGCGUUGUUACCUAUGUUCUUUUACAUCUCUGAAGUUAUUCGUGUACGUCACCAUCCAAUGGCAAACACGUUCUCACAUCAUCUCUUGGUCCUCCAGCGGCUCUACCUUCUUGUCGCGGCACCAGCCUUCGUUGUCUGGCUGUGAACUCUAACCUCAGUGGUCGGGAAAUGUCAGAGAGAGGCCCGUGCUGCAGCAAGGGGGCGUUUAAGGGAAAAACAAUAGCCUUUAUUGUUAUAUAUUUAAUAAUAAUCCUUUUUUUUGGAUGCGCAAAUAUAUUAAUCAACGCAAAUCAACGAUUCUCCAUUCUCGUCCGCUGACAGCAAGCGCGCGGCAGUAUUUGCAGCCUUCAUCUCGUCUCGUAUUGAAAUCUUGGCCAAACAUGAGAGGGGGUACUCGACACCUCAGGGAAAUGGUUUUCCAACAAGAGGGCUCCUUCCUCGCCAUGACCCCCAGCAGAGAACUCUGGGAUUGACAGAAGCAUCACUCCCACUGAUGGCCUGGUGUGGGUUUCAGCUGUCCUGCUGAAGCUAUGGGGAGCUGUUGGAGCUGUCUAUACAGGGACUCCAUUCAAGACAACCACCCCAACAAGUUCAAGGUGACCAAUGUGGAUGAUGAGGGGAACGAGUUGGGCUCGGGAACUAUGGAGCUCACACAGACAGAGCUCAUCCUGCACACACGGAAAAGAGAUGCCAUCCGGUGGCCCUACCUCUGUCUCCGGCGCUAUGGCUAUGACUCCAACCUCUUCUCCUUUGAGAGUGGGAGGCGAUGCCAAACUGGACAGGGAAUCUUUGCAUUCAAAUGCUCACGUGCAGAGGAGAUCUUCAACCUACUGCAGGAACUCAUGCAGUGCAACAGUAUCAACGUGGUGGAGGAGCCGAUGCUAAUGACCAGGCCAGCACACACACCUGAGAUAGACAUGUCACGAACACCACAAACACCCAAUACUCCAGCAUUCCCAGUUCAGGGCUUUCCCAAUGGAUAUCCAGGCUACUCAAUCAGCGGUGACUCAUCUCAGCCCUCUCUCAAUGACGACCACGGACACAGCCUCAUGGGUUUAGAUGAUCAGGAGGAGCAGGACGAGGACGAGGAGGAAGAGGAGGAGGAGGAGGAGUACGAGGAAGAGGAAGAGGAGGACGAGGAGGACUUUGAUGAGUACGAGUUCUCCGAGGGGCCUGGCACACCCAACGGCUACCACCAACAGGAGGCUGGGGUCCACCGUGACGCCCUGCAGAACUACGUGAACACCGACCAGAUGCAGAUCCCUGCACCCCCGCGCCACGCCUGCCCCCCCCACCUGCCACCCCACCCACAGAGGCCCUGCCAGGCCGAGAGGGGCGGGCGGAUCUUUGGCUUCCCCCACCUCCGACGAAGGUCUGGAGGAGGGGGCAGCGCCAGGGGCGGGAGAGGCAGCUGUGAACACGGUCACAUGCCACCACCACCAUCCCGCCAACUCAACUACAUCCAGGUGGACUUGGAUGGUGAGUCGCCAUCAGUCUGUCAGGGGCAUGGGGCUGGGGCAGCUGGCGUGGGCCCUGUGUCCCAGCGCUCCCUGGCUCACAAGAGAGGCAUGGCAGCAUCGGCCUCAGGCCCACCCCCACCGCGCCGCAGUGAGUUCUACGCCGUCAUCGACCUGAAGAAGACGGUGGCCAUGUCCAACCUGCAAAAAGCCCUGCCGCGUGAUGAUGGAACCUCGCGAAAGACUCGCCACAAUAGCACUGACCUGCCUCUGUAGGACUGGGAGGAGAGGGAGAGUGUGAGUAAGGCGGCUAUUAAAAGUUAACUCAAAGCGCUCCAACACUAAUGUCUGUGCAUUAUCGCCAUGGAGCAGUUUAGUUUUUUCCUCAUGUUUAAUACCUCUUCCACCACACCUUCAUUAUAAAUAAAGGUUACACAAAGGGUCCUUGCUGAACACUACUGGAUGAGAUAAUGUAGCAUGACGGGGAAGGAUUUGUUAUUAGUUUUUUUUUUUUUUAAAUAGUUUAAAAGUCCUGUCUUGGGGAAUCAAUAUUCUACUGAAUGGCUUGUUCAAAGCUGAGGAUCUCCCAACUCCAUGUAUUUAAGAUUUUGUUUAGCUCCUUGAGGACAGUGUUUACAAUUUUUCACUCAAAAACAAGUACUGAAUCAAAACGUAUCCUCUACAGUACCAUAAUUAAACAGGAUGUAGCAGAAUCCUUAUUUUGUGUACCCACGUCUGGCCUAAAUUACAAUCAUAUCAGAGAGCAUGUACUGAGUUCAUUUUAGUGAACAAUUUUAGGUACACUGAAUAUGAAUUCAGUGAAGAAGCACUAACACAAAGUGAAAUCGUUAACAUGCUUCUCUGGGUAGGUCUUUGGGUUAGUGUCAUCUGCCUUCAAUACAGAAAUUAGAAAUUGCACAUUAUCUUCCACAAUUGUAAUGAAACCUCCUCACACACCAGUAUAAGGCUAAAUUUACAUUGGCAUGCUGGAUUAGUGGAUGGCCACAUUUAUCAGUCGUAUUUGUUUCAUAAUAAGGGAGCAACAUAAGUAAUAGGUUUCUUGGACUUACUGGUUAUGUAAUGCAUAUUUAGGGUGCAUCAGGUUGAGUAUAACGGUACAUAAGUCCUAUGACUUUGGUGAUGUUCAAAAGAGUUUGGCCAUGGAGUAUUUUUACUUAUCCUGUGAAGAGCAAGGACUGUUUUUGUCUAGAGUCCUAAAAUGCAGGAUGUGCCAUACUGUGAUCAUGCCUUGCUAAAAGCUCAAACCUUCAGGCUUAAACCUUCAGAGAUAAUGCUGCUUGUAAACAAGGAAACAAAGAUGGCUCAUGUAUAUACUGUAUGAGAAAGAGAACAUAUCCUCUGAGACGUAUAGCAUAGUAAGACUUGAUAAGAUACUGCCAGUGUUUGAUAUGUUUAUAAAAAGUGAUUGACAUCCCCUUAGAAAUGACCUCUUGAAAUAUCAUCUAUUACAGGGAUGGGAUAGGAGGGUAUUUAAAAAUCAUUCCAUUAAGUUUUUUUUACUUGACAGGACAGAUUUAUUUAUUAUUUAUUUACUUAUUUAUUUAUGUAUUUAUGUAUGACGUUACCUUUUGAACAGCAUUAAGCUCCAUUGUGAUUGUAAUCCAGACAAUCUGGAGACCAAAGUUUCACUUGUGUCAACAUCAUAGAUAGAUAGCCUACCAGCGGAGCUGAAUGUUUGCUCAGAAAAUAUACAGCAUGUAUGGAGGAGAUUUUUCUCUCACAUAUUGUUGAUGUAUAGUGCCAAAUUUGAAGUUGCUAAAAUAAACAUAAAGGACGUAAUUUAUAUUACAUUAAGAGAGGAUUUAACCUGAGGGCUACUAAUAACUUCCACAACAUAAAUGCAGCUCAGUCAAUUCUAACUGGGCACUUCCUUUAGCAGUCAACUUGGUCUAGUCAAAGGCAUUGACCAACUUCUGGUCAUGGGAUCAUGUUGCCCUGCUCUCCUUUCACAACGCGCUUGUGGCUAUACUUAGCAAAAGGAAAAAGCUCAAAUGUUUUUCUCACACAGUUUCCUGUUACACACCUUAUAGAAGAGAGAAAAUAUGGAAGUCCAGAGCAUUGGUAUGAUGUCCUUGUCAUCAUGGCCAAACCUUUCAUCACAUCACAGGAUCGGCUUGCCUCAUUGUCACACAAUAGUAAUGCAUAGCUUGCACUUCGACUUAUUUUAAUUUUUUUUUUUUUUUUUUGACGGCUAAAGCCAGAUUCACUAAAGGGCUUUAGUGUGUGCAGAAUGUCAUAAAUGUGUCUAACCUACUUACACCUGAGUAGAGUUUCAUGUGAUUCUGGCCUCUGAUUCGAAUAACAUUUUGCAUAUUAAGCCAUGCUACAUGACAAUAAGGCCACGUAGAUAAUGCAGAAGAUGCGCAUUGCUAAUCUGUUGACUUAGAAAUAUAUAAGCUUGAAGAGAAGAAAAAUAUUUUGCCACUUUUCUGAGGGGGUAUAUUAAUUUCUAAACAUAUAUUUUUUAUGGUAUAGUAUGUUUUAAAGAGUGUUUACAUUUUGCAAUAAUGGCCAAUGAGAGUUAAUCAGACUGGAACCAGGUUGUCGUAGCAAUGUAAAAAUGGUUGUGCAGUGUUGAAAUUCCUCUGGAUCACACAUGUCUGAAUCAUCACUGACCUCACUCAGGCUUUUUGUGUUGAUAAAUAUGUUCUGUUGUGCUUCAGUUAAGCUUGGUUAAGAAAGAAUAGACCACAUGAUCUGAAUCCAUUUCUGAAGCAUACAAUAUUUACACUUUUACAGUAGGUGACUCAACUGUGCCAUAUUAGUGAUUAUUGCCAAAUACUGUUUUGGGCACUUAUGGCAUUACUGAAUGUUGAAAUCUAUGAAUCCAUAAGAACCAGAGUAGGCUACAUUUUCUUAAUGUGUGUGUUUACACUAGUAUUGUAGGUUUCACAUGAAAACUGAAUGUUUUUGAAGGUUUACAUCAGAGAGAAAAAAACAUUUAAAGUUAUCAUCAACUGCUUUUACUCAACAUUUUAUAAUUUGUCAUUUGUGGUGUUUUGGCAUUUUUUUCUUUUGAUAUGCAUAGAUUGUAGGUUUUUAUGGAACCAUUGUUUUUAUGCUGAGGAUACCUCAGAACAUUAUCAGAAGCUGCCAGUGCCUACCAUUGUGUCUAUGUCCUAGCAGCAUCAACACCUGUUGCAUACCUAUAAUUAGCAUCCCAUUAGAAGACUAGUUUGUACUUCAGACUCUUCAAAGCAAUCAAUAGGUCAGCUUCUUUAUAUAAAAUAGCGUGACUUUCUCUUGUCCACAGAGAAGUUGAUUUUAACCCAACAGAAAUCAGUUUUAUUGAAGAAAAAAAAGAAUCCAUCAGCAAUUUGUUCAAUCAAGAGCUGUAUUAUCUUGAUUGUUACUUGCGGUUGAGUGAGUGCUGGUCAAAACAACUCUUUGGCAAACCUGGUUGAUUGUAAUGUACACUGAUGGUUCUGUGUGCCAAAUUUGGAUGAGAGCAAAGCCCAUAAAGGACAGACUUCACUGGGGACUAGUGGCUCACUCUCAUUGCUGUAUUUUCCCCCCAGAGUAUGAAUGUAAUAAACAGUAAGACCACCGUGUGCAAGUGGACACUUGCACUCAUAUGUUUCUAUCCUUGCCAUGAAAAUAACAAAAGAUAAAAAGUGGAAGUGUUAUCAUUGAUGUUUUGUCUCUAAACGUUUCAAAAAGCAGAGAAAUUGCAGUUUGUUUUCUUUGUAUACAGUAUUUACAUUUCUUCUAUGUAUGUAUUUCUGUGUAUGUACAUACAUAUAUAUAUAUAUAUCUAUAUAUAUCGACAUAUAUAUGUGGGUAUGCGGUGACAGUCUGCUUCUUGUAUGUUUCAUUUGGGAAAGGUGAAAGGGAAACUUCACAUUUGCCACUGCGGUUAAACACGGGCACAGGGGGAGACAGAGUAGAGUGAGUGAGUGACAGAAUGAGGAAGGAUGACAGUCGAAGAAUUUAUUAAUUAUUAUUCUAUUGGUUGAAGCAUUGCCAUGUCACUUUGCAGAAAGCUCCUUUAGUAAUAUUGUCAUUUUAUCAACCUCCCCCUUUACUCCCCUUCCCCAAACAAAUCAGGCAUGCCCUCUGGUGAAUGCUAUUUUCAGUUCUUUACACCUUUUGAAUCGUAAAGGCUUGUACAAUUAAAAUGAAUGUGAUUCAAUGUAUUAUGUCAACAUUAAAAUAAUCAAACUGUAAAGAGAUAUUUUGAUUACUAUUUCAAUCCAAAGUGGAUUUUUACACACUGUUUUUCCUUUGGAGGAAAAAAAAUCGCAAAUGCUGCCUGGUUAAGACAUACUUUCAACUCACCUAACGGAUGAACAAUUUUACCAACAAUGUUGUUGCAUACUCAAAAGAAAAUAGGUUAUUAAUUUAGAUUUUGCCUAAAGUUAAAUGCUAUUUUUUUUCAGAUUUGCUGUAACAGUUAGCUGCUGGAUAGCAAUUUAAGCAUGAAUUCAACUGUGUAGGAGUCUGGCUUUUGUGGACAGCAGAAUGAGAAUGGUCUUAAAAAUGCUGUUUUUGCAGGAAGCUGUAAAUAUCCCUCACAAGGUAGUCUUGUCAAGUUUUUGUCUUUCCAUCUUCGUAUCCUUUUUAUUUUGUUUAACUGAUUUUUGAUAAUGUGUCAUUGUGAUCAACAAACAUAUUAAAAUGAAAAUAAACUUUC